GUGUGGUGCGGCGCGAUUAGACGGUAAGAGGAUGCUGCGAGUCAAUGAAAAUCAGUUUUACACACGUGUGUAACAGAUUUGCAUGACAAACAGUGUCCAUCCUUAAGCUGGGGGCACCAUUUACAGACGUAUAACCAGUUGGACUCAUCGUUUGCUCAUACGAAGGAUUGUUGCCCGAAGUUGAUAGUAUUGGUCCUGUGUCGCUCUACGCACACCAUGAGCAUUAGCGAGGAAAAACUUAAGGAAAUAUUCCGAAAGGCGGAUACUAGUGGGGAUGGGAAGAUUAUUCCCAGAGAACUCAAGGCUCUGGUCAAAACAGAGUUCGGAGCCGAAAUGUCCGACCAAGAAUUGGUGGCUAUGUUCUGCGAUCUGGACAGAAACGAUGACCAUGCAAUAACCUGGGAGGAAUUUAAAACAGAAAUGAUGAAGGCGCCUAGAAGAAAAGCUUUCUCGGACAAGUUUAGAGAACUGGACAAGGACGGCAGUAACACGCUUACCAAAGAAGAAAUUAGACAGUUGUUGAAGGGAGAUGGGUGUAGUGAGGAUGAAAUUGUCGCCAUGUUCUCCAAAGUAGAUACUAACCAAGACGACAUUAUAUCCUUGGAGGAAUUUAUGGUCAUGGUGUGACAUCUCUUAUCAAGCAUGUUCUUGUGAACAAUGUACAUUUUUUGUUAAAACAUAUCAGUGCGAUAACUGGUUGCGUUAUGUCAUUUCAGCUUCUAUUAACAAGCCAGAUCAGACGUAUCAAUCUUGAGUUAGUAAUAUUCAAAACAGCAAACUUGAUAUUAGAGUAAUAUCCAAACAGCAAACUUGAUAUUAGAGUAAUAUCCAAACAGCAAACUUGAUAUUAGAGUAAUAUCCAAACAGCAAACUUGAUAUUAGAGUAAUAUCCAAACAGCAAACUUGAUAUUAGAGUAAUAUCCAAACAGCAAACCUGAUAUUAGAGUAAUAUCCAAACAGCAAACUUGAUAUUAGAGUAAUAUCCUAAACAGCAAACUUGAUAUUAGAGUAAUAUCCUAAACAGUAAACUUGAUAUUAGAGUAAUAUCCUAAACAGCAAACUUGAUAGUAGAGUAAUAUCCUAAACAGCAAACUUGAUAUUAGAGUAAUAUCCUAAACAGCAAACUUGAUAUUAGAGUAAUAUCCUAAACAGCAAACUUGAUAUCAGAGUAAUAUCCUAAACAGCAAACUUGAUAUUAGAGUAAUAUCCUAAACAGCAAACUUGAUAUUAGAGUAAUAUCUUAAACAGCAAACUUGAUUUUAGAGCAAACAGGUGUUAAUGAUUGGUUGAAGUUUUUAUUACAGCGAGUUAGUUAUGGCCACUUUGGUUCGAUACCACAUUAUUUCACUGGACAUUUUACGGAAUGGUAGUUUAGUUUUUCAUUUUAUUGAUUAUUGAAUCUUCAUCUUCUCACCAAUUUUCAUAUGAAAUAAAGCUAUCAUUGACACA